UUAAGCCUCUAUUGUCGUUUUCUCACGAUAGUGUUUUCUUUUCUAUUUCUUUUCACGCACCGUUUGCAUCAAAUUGGUUUAUGUUAGAAUUUCAGUCAGUGAGUGCAGAAAUAAAAUAUUCAAUGAAGCAAUCGUGAGGAAGGGAUGAGCGAAAUUUUGCCGGGCUCUUCGCUUCUGUAAGUGUCUCGAUGAUCGCGGAGAGAUGAUUUGUGUCGAAUCAUUCCACAUCGACCUCAACCGGCUUCUAUUACUCGCUGUUGGCUUAUGGCCUUACCAGCAAUCCAAGCUGGUUCAGUUACAAUUGAUCUUGCUCUUCAGCAUUUUGGCGACAUUUAUUUUAUCUCAGUUAAUGUCGAUCGUGACUUCGGAAUAUACUCCGGAUCUCCUCAUCAAUGUUUCCUCUACUACGUUAUUUUACAUUACUUUCGUCAUCAAGUACAGCUCAUUCAGAAUUAAUAUAGAAACUAUGAGGCAUCUACUGGAACUACUUCAGCGCAUCUACAACGAGCUACGAGAUGAAAAUGAGAUUAAUAUCAUAAGGAAAUACGGGCAGCUCUCGAAGCGGUACACGACUGCUAUUAUCACAUUUUCUAUAUGUGCAGUUAUUUCUAUAGUCGUAUAUUCAUUUUGUCCGCUCAUUCUCGACAUUCUGUGGCCUUUAAAUGAUACUCGACCACAGUCCCCGUUGGAAUUCAAAUACGUCGUCAAUCAAAAAAAAUAUUUUUAUCUGAUCUUGCUGCACGCAAUCACAGCUUUUAUAGUGGGUGGACUCGCGAUGGUAGCAACGGGUACGAUACUAAUAGCAUUUCUGCAGCAUGCCUGCGGAAUGUUUCGAAUCUCCAGUUACCGUAUUGAGCAUGCGAUGGCAAUCAGGACCGUACAAAGUGGCAACGCAGGAAAUGACAAUACGAUGUACAAGGGUCUAAUUUACGCCGUAGAUAUCCAUCGCAAAGCCAUGCAGGUCUCCGAUAUGUCAAUAUCGAAAUUUAAGGUAUCAUUUUUGCUCUUAAUAAUCGCCGGUGUGAUCUGCGGAAGUCUUAAUUUAUUACGAAUUUUUCAAGCGGUAACAGUCGGAUGCACUAACGUCGGAAUGUUAUUAAUACCUCUUACAUCCUUCGCUAUCCACAUAAUCUAUAUGAUCGUAGGCAACUAUGUCGCGCAGGACAUUAUGGAUCACAAUAGCCACGUGUUCAACACUAUAUACGGCCUCCGCUGGUACAUGGCACCUUUGAACGUACAGAAAAUGAUACUAUUUCUAUUGCAAAGAAAUACUAAAGGUUUUAGUCUGAAUAUUGGCGGGGUAAUCGUGGGUUCGUUAGAAACCGCCGCCACGAUAUUCAGCACUAUAGUAUCAUACUUCACCUUUUUUUACUCCACGUGGAACAAACGCGAAAUCUAACAUAAAAUGGGACGAAUGUUAGGAAGAAGCUUUGGUAAGCAUAAACGAUAUUCUCGUAAAUAUAAUCUGACAUCUGAAGAUAGAUUAUAUGUGUGGACGCAUUUGUAGAUGCCAGGAAAAUAGAAGAGCAUGUAGAAAAUAUACGGCAUAUUUCAUAUUA